GCGCAGGCGCCCCGCGCAGGCGCACUGGCGCCGCGCCCCCCCCGAGUCACCUUGGGGCGCCGCCGGUACCGGAGCCCGCGCCCCCCCCCCCCGCGACCCCGGGACCCGGGCCCGGCCGUGAUGGCGGCGGUACCGGCGGCCGAGAGGCCCAAGACCUCCCCGAAAUCCGUCAAGUUUCUCUUCGGCGGCUUGGCAGGGAUGGGGGCUACAGUGUUCGUGCAGCCCCUGGACCUGGUGAAGAACCGCAUGCAGCUGAGCGGGGCCGGCGCCAAGGGCCGCGAGUACCGGACGUCGCUGCACGCCCUGGGCUCCAUCCUGCGCCACGAGGGGCUCAGGGGCAUCUACACGGGGCUGUCAGCGGGGCUCCUGCGCCAGGCCACCUACACCACCACCCGCCUGGGCAUCUACAGCGUGCUCCUGGAGCGUUUUGGGGGGGCUGACGGGACCCCCCCGCCCUUCCUGGCCAAGGCAGCCAUGGGCAUGACAGCAGGGGCUGCGGGGGCCUUCGUGGGGACCCCGGCUGAGGUGGCCCUCAUCCGCAUGACAGCUGAUGGCAGGCUACCCCCCGGCGAGCGCCGCGGGUAUCACAACGUGUUCGAUGCCCUCGUGAGGAUGGCCAGGGAGGAGGGGGUGCUCACGCUCUGGAGGGGCUGCAUCCCCACCAUGGCCCGUGCCGUGGUGGUCAACGCUGCCCAGCUCGCCUCCUAUUCCCAAUCCAAACAAUUCCUGCUCGACUCCGGGCAUUUCCGUGACGACAUCCUGUGCCACUUCUGCGCCAGCAUGAUCAGCGGGCUGGUGACCACGGCCGCCUCCAUGCCUGUCGACAUCGUCAAGACCCGGAUCCAGAACAUGAGGACAAUAGAUGGGAAACCCGAGUACCGCAACGGGCUGGACGUGCUGCUCAAGGUGGUGCGCUACGAGGGCUUCUUCAGCCUCUGGAAGGGCUUCACCCCCUACUACGCCCGCCUGGGCCCCCACACCGUGCUCACCUUCAUCUUCCUCGAGCAGAUGAACAAGUGGUACCAGCGGCUCUUCCUCAGUGCCUGACACCCCCAGGGGGGGGUCGGGGGGAUCUGACCCCAUCCCGUGGGCUCUGCAGGGCCCCUUGGACCCCCACUGAAGGGGCUUUGGGGGUGUCUGACUGCUCCCUCAGGUGCUGUGGGGGUGCCUGACCCCCCCAACACCACCAGGGGCUG